GUAAAAGAAAGCCUGUCCCAAUUAUUUAUGUCGCGGUAAUUUUGUACUUUCCAAUAAAUACGUAGUGAUGGCCGUUUGACGGAUUAUUCGUGAGUACGAUGACACGCGUCACAUUUUUACAUCCCGAUCUCGGUAUCGGUGGCGCGGAGAGACUCGUUGUCGACGCAGCUCUAGCAUUGAAGAAGUAUGGCCACGAUGUAAAUUUCGUGACAACUCAUCACGAUCCGGAGCAUUGUUUCUUAGAAACUAAAGAUGGGACGAUUCCCGUUACCGUUGUGGGCAAUUGGCUGCCUAGGCACAUUCUAGGCAGGUUCUAUGCGUUCUGUGCUUAUAUACGCAUGAUAUAUGCAGCCAGCUACAUAAUAUUUAGUGAUCAUCGACCAGAAGUUGUUUUUUGUGACUUGGUGUCCAUCUGUAUUUUCGUACUUAGAUUGCGCAUUCCAUAUGUAGUAUUUUAUUGUCAUUAUCCAGACCAGCUGCUCUCAUAUCCUGGUGGUUAUUUUAAACAGCUUUACCGUAUGCCACUGAAUUAUCUAGAAGAGAUUACAACUGGCAUGGCGCAUAAAAUAUUUGUAAAUAGUUGUUUUACAAGCAAUGUGUUCAAGAACAUAUUCAAAAGAUUGAAAAUCAAACCAGAAAUUUUGUAUCCUUCCAUUAACACAGAUUUUUUUGAUAAGACAAGAAUAGUAUCUAUAGAGAGGGUAAUUGAUAGGAAACUUCCGGAUGAUAGUAUUAUAUUGUUAUCUAUCAAUAGGUAUGAGCGUAAAAAAAAAUUGUCUAUUGCAAUAGAAGCUCUUGCAGAACUAAAGAAACUUUUAACAAAGGAAGUAUACAAGAGAGUAUUCUUGAUUAUGGCUGGUGGAUAUGAUAAAAGGAUCGAGGAAAAUGUGGAAUAUCACCUGGAAUUGAUAGGACUUGCAGAUGAGUUACAUGUAACAGACAAAGUAAUAUUCUUACGUUCACCCUCCGACAUAGACAAAGUUUCCAUAAUACAUCAUUGUAAAAUUGUGAUAUAUACUCCACCGAACGAGCACUUUGGAAUAGUACCUUUGGAAGCGAUGUAUAUGGGCAAACCAGUAAUUGCUCAUAAUUCCGGUGGUCCCACAGAAUCGAUAAUUUCUGGAAAAACUGGUUUCUUAGUAGAUUUAUCUGGUGAAGCAUUUGCCACCAAAAUAGCUUAUUUAAUCACAAAUUCAAAUCAUCUUGAGGAUUUUGGUAGAUCGGGUCAAUGCAGAUUUUCGGAAACAUUUAGUUUCGCUGCUUUUAGUGCUCAAUUAAAUAAAGCGAUAAAUGACUUAACUGAUGCAAAGACAAAAUAA